UCCUAAUUUUGGUAGGGACAGGUUGGGGCACUUACUUCUACGGCUCUAACCCUAUCACAUGUAAAAACCACCAUUGUUGUUUUGUGCGAUCUCAUCACACUAUACCACACCACUGCUUAUCACCACGCCAUUGAAACCCAAACCUCACUCACCACUUUCCCCUAUUUCCACCAUAUCGUUGCAGAUGGCUCCUUUUGCUAUAGCAACAUUGCCCUCUUCAUAUAUGUGCCACAUCAGAAAGCCUCGAAACAUUGUUUUUCCAAUUCGAUGCUCCACGGCUGCUCCUUCUCCUUCCUCUGUUUCCAUUCGGGCUAAAGCUGCUCAUUUUGAUUUGAAGACAUAUUGGGCUUCCCUGAUGGUGGAGAUCAAUCAGAAGCUGGAUGAAGCUGUUCUAGUUAAGUUUCCUCCUAAGAUAUAUGAAGCAAUGAGGUAUUCAGUCCUUGCCAAAGGUGCCAAGCGAGCCCCGCCUGUUAUGUGCAUAUCUGCUUGUGAGCUCUUUGGAGGCAGCCGCUUUGCUGCCUUCCCCACUGCCUGUGCCCUUGAAAUGGUUCAUGCGGCUUCAUUGAUACAUGAUGAUCUUCCUUGCAUGGAUGACUCCCCCUCACGCCGUGGCCAGCCCUCAAACCACGCCAUCUAUGGUGUUGAUAUGGCAAUUCUUGCGGGUGAUGCGCUCUUUCCCCUCGGAUUUCAGCAUAUUGUUUCCCAUACUCCCUCUGACCUUGUGCCUGAGCCCCACCUCCUUCGUGUGAUUGCUGAGAUGGCUCGAUCUGUAGGCUCCACUGGAAUGGCUGCAGGGCAGUUCCUGGACCUUGAAGGGGGGCCCAAUGCAGUUGGAUUUAUACAAGAAAAAAAGUUUGGUGAGAUGGGGGAGUGUUCUGCUGUGUGUGGAGGAUUGUUAGCUGGUGCUGAAGAUGAUGACAUAGAGAGACUGAGGAGGUACGGGAGAGCUGUUGGAGUAUUGUAUUCAGUUGUGGAUGAUAUUUUGGAAGCGAGAGAGAAUCCUGAGGGAGGUAAUGACAGGAAAAACAAGGAGAAGAGUUAUGUAAAGGUUUAUGGUGUCAAGAAAGCAACAGAGAUGGCUGAAGAGCUUAGAGAUAAAGCUAAGGAAGAAUUGGAUGGAUUUGAGAAGUAUGGGGAGCUAGUCUUUCCUCUCUACAGUUUUGUGGAUUAUGCUUUUGAUAGAAGUUUCAGUGUUGGUGAAGCUAGUGGGUGAUGGGUUCCAGAUUCUUAGUCAUUCAUGUUUCUUUUUUUGAUUUGAAUCCUUGGGAGUCGAAUAUUGUAUUGCAUAGAGAAUAACUUAUAUAAUUUAGAACAGGUAACUGCAGAUCUAGAGGGAUGAGGAUGAAGCAUGGUACCUGAAGAGAAAAAUGUCUACAUAGUAAUAGCAUGUAUCAUAAAAUGCCAUUUAUGAUUCCAAGUUAACAUUCCAAGACCUUUUAUCACUAAUAUUAUGUUUUUUUUAUUA